UGGCGGCAGUAGUUGUUUCGCCGUAGUGGUAUUGAUAGUAAUAGUGUGACCUCGGUCAUUGGCGUGAUGUACACAUUACAGCGGUGUCCCGACAGUUUUCUUCGUUCACUCAGAAAGACAUGGGGACGUCUCCUGGUUAACUUAAUCAAUGCUAAUUAGUCAAUUAGUGAAAUAGUUGAUUGAACAAGUAGUAAAAUGUUGGAGCAUUAUAUUACUGUGUUGAUAUUUUUAUCUAGACCGGUGCAUCCUUACCUAUUGGUAGUGACUGAUUCGGAUUCACCAGGUUUGGUAUUGUUUGAUGGAGGAACUCCAUUUUAUGGCCGACCACCGAGGCACUAUGCUUUAAAUACUGAAAAAAAUGCAAAUUUUAUAUCCAAGUUACUAAGAGUAGAUCAUUUUACUGGAUCAGUUAUUCUCGAACAACCAUUAGAAUGUGAUGGAUUUAAGUACCCAGAUGUUUUUACAUUUUAUGUUGAUUCUAUAUCUAAUGAUACUAUAGAAUACAUGUCUGUACCAUUAAGAAUAGUCAUAAAAGGAUGUGAAAAUAAUAAAAUUAAUGGUGAAUUAGAUUCUCGUAUUGAAUUAGCAAAAAAAUUGUCAAGCAAAACAUUAGUGUCAGUUGUUUUAUCAACAGCCAAUCUUAAAUCUAGUAUUGGAUUAUUAAACGAUGAAUUAGAUAAAAAAUGUUGGAGAAAAAGUGAGUUUGUGAUAUCUCUUGGUUCCUCUGUUAUACCACAAAGUAUUAUGAAUGAAUGUAAAGUUCGCUAUGUAGAUGUUAGCGAUACUAGGUUUAAUGUUGAAUCUAAAAAUGGCGAUUUAGUAGUUACUGAAAACUUUUGUUCAACACUUGAUCCGAUGUUUGUUAUUGUUAUGAUUUCUUAUAAUUGUGAUGUUAAUAGUGAGAUUAUUUCUUCUUCAGAACAUUUCAUUAAGAUGAUACUUUGGCAUAAACGAAGUUUAACUGAAACUGGAAGAGUACGGAGAGAUGUUGAAAUGAGUGAUAGUGGACUUCAGUUUGAAAGAAGUCUUUAUGUUGCAAGUGUUGGAGAAGAACUUCCUUCUGGAACAAUUGUAUGUAGUGUUCAUGCUAGAAGUAUGCCACCAAAUAAUAAUCCCAUAGAAUAUCAAAUGAGUCCAAUUAUUGAUACUAGAUCUCAUGCGAUGUUUACCAUUGAUUCUAAUUCGGGUUUGGUUACUACCUUAGUAUCACUUGACAGGGAAUUUAUGGAUGUUCAUUAUUUACGAGUAAUAGCUAUAGAUACAUCUCCUCAUUCAUCAACAUCAACUACUACACUUCAGAUAAAUGUUGUGGAUGCAAAUGACCAUUCUCCAGUUUUUGAAUCUGCCUCUGGAAUGUAUGAAGCUUCAGUUAGAGAAUCUAUUUCAAUUGGUACAACUAUUACAACUAUACGAGCUACUGACUUUGAUAUUGGACUUAAUUCUCAGGUUGAAUAUUCUAUUGAGAGUAUUUCUGGUGGUGGUUUAAAUAGUAGUGCUGAUGAAACUUUUGGAAUAGAUCUUCGUAGUGGAAUAGUCAGUGUGAGGCGUAAUUUAGAUAGAGAAAUUUGUGAAGUUUUUACAGUUAUGAUAAAAGCAAAUGAUCUAGCAACACCACCAUCUCCACGAAAGUCAGCUAUAGCAACUUUAGUUGUAAAAGUGUUAGAUGAUAAUGACAAUUACCCACAGUUUUCUGAAAGAGCAUACACAGCUAACAUUUUUGAAGAUUUAAGUCCUAAUCAGAGACCUGUAAUUGCUACCAUUAAAGCUACUGAUGCUGAUCAAGGCCUAAAUGCUGUGGUGAGGUAUGCUAUAAUUGGUGGCAAUACACAAGGACAUUUUUCUAUUGAUAGCCAAAAUGGAGAAGUUUCAUUAGUCAAAUCAUUAGAUUAUGAAUCAAUGCGAAGUUAUAGGUUAAUGAUAAGAGCCCAAGAUGGAGGAAAUCCUAGUCGAUCAAAUACUACGCAGCUUUUAGUAAACAUCAAAGAUGUUAAUGACAACCCUCCUAGGUUUUACACUUCACUUUUUCAAGAAUCUGUUUUGGAAAAUGUAGCAGUAGGCUAUAGUAUAGUAAGAAUUCAAGCAUAUGAUGCAGAUGAAGGUGAAAAUGCUGCACUUACUUAUUAUAUAUCAUCAAGAGAUUUUGAAGGUUUUUCAAAUGAAAAAAUACCAAUUGUUGUUGAUGAAAAAAGUGGCUGGGUAUAUACUACACACUUGUUAGAUCGCGAAAUUAACUCUAAAUAUCAAUUUCAAGUUGUGGCUGAAGAUGGUGGUGAUCCACCUAAAACAGCUACUGCUAGUGUUGUAGUAACUAUUCAAGAUGUCAAUGAUAAUGAACCAAUAUUUAAUCCUAAGCAAUAUGAUGUAGUAAUCAGUGAAGAUUCGCCUCCAGGGACACCAUUGACUACUAUUACAGCAACAGAUCCAGACGAAAACCCUAGAAUUCAUUAUGAAAUAGUAAGUGGUAAUUCUAGAGGAAGAUUUGCAAUUGCAACUCAUAGUGGCAAAGCUAUAGUUACUGUAUCACAACCAUUAGAUUAUAAACAAGAAAAAAGAUUUAUUCUUUCAGUAACUGCAACUGAUUCUGGAGGACUUUUUGACACGGCUACUAUUUAUGUAAAUGUUACUGAUGCCAAUAAUUUUGCUCCAAUAUUUGAUAAUGCACCAUAUAUAGCCAGUGUCUAUGAAGAUGCUCCUGUUGGUACAACAGUACUUAUUGUAUCUGCAACUGAUGGUGAUGUUGGUCAAAAUGCUAUGAUAACUUACUCACUUGCAAGUGGUUAUGGUGAUGCAUCAGAAUUUACUAUUAAUGCUCAAAGUGGUGCUAUUGUUACAACUAAAAUUUUAGACCGGGAAUUGCAAAGUGGUUAUUUACUCACAGUUUCAGCUCGGGAUGGUGGAAAUCCUUCAUUGUCAGAUACAACUGAUGUUGAAAUUUCAAUUACUGAUAUAAAUGAUAACGCACCUCAGUUUUUCAAUGCAUCUUAUUAUGGCUCAGUGUCUGAAGAUGCUCUUACUGGAACUAGUGUUCUACAAGUUAGUGCAUCAGAUGCAGAUUCUGGAUUAAAUGGACGUAUAAAAUAUGCUUUGGGCGAUGGUGUGGAAGCCUUUGUGAUUGAUUCUACUUCAGGAAUAUUGAGGACAGCUGUUACUUUAGAUAGGGAAAGUAUACCACAAUAUAAUAUUCAUGUAUUUGCCAUUGACAAAGGUUCACCAUCAUUAUCUACCGCUGUUCCUGUUACAAUACGCAUUGAAGAUGUAAAUGAUUCACCACCUGUUUUUGAAUCUGAUAAACUAGUUAUGUAUAUUGCUGAAAAUUCACCAAUUGGUUCAACUGUUGGUGAGCUUUAUGCAAAAGAUCCCGAUGAAGGUUCAAACGCUGCUAUUCAAUAUUCAAUUAUUGGUGGUGAAGAUUCUAGCAGUUUUUCUCUUUUACGAAGACCUGGAAUUGAUAAGGCAGAAUUACUGACAUCUGUUGAACUUGAUUAUGAAUCAAACAAAAAAAAGUUUGAACUUGUUGUGAGAGCCUCAUCACCACCAUUACACUCUGAUGCACCUUUAACAGUUUAUUUGACUGAUGUUAAUGAUAACGCUCCCCGCCUUUCAGAUUUUCAAGUUAUAUUUAAUAAUUUUAAAAACUAUUUUCCAAUUGGACCUUUCAGCCAAGUUCCUGCUUUCGAUGCUGAUGUAUCAGAUAAAUUAAUAUAUCGUAUAGUAUCUGGUAACAAUGCUAAUUUAGUGCAACUAAAUGAAUCCAAUGGUAUGCUUACUUUAUCACCCCAAUUAAAUACAAAUGUACCAAAAAUUGCUUCUAUGGAAAUAUCAGUUUCUGAUGGAGUAAACGAGAUUAAAAGUACCAUGACAUUAAUUGUACGUUUAGUCACUGAUGAAAUGCUUUUCAACUCUGUUACUGUACGAUUAGCCGAUAUGACUGAAGAAGCAUUUUUAUCACCUUUAUUAGAAUAUUUUAUAUCUGGUUUAGCAGCAAUUAUUCCUUGUCCAAAGGAGAAUAUUUAUAUAUUUAGCAUACAAAAUGAUAUUGAUGUAGAUAAUCGUGUAUUGAAUGUAAGUUUUUCUGCAAAACAGCCAGAUGGAAUCUUUUACUCCCCACAAUAUCUACAAGAACGAGUUUAUUUAAAUCGUGGAAUUUUAACACGUCUCUCUACUGUUCAGAUAUUGCCUUUUGAAGAUAAUUUAUGUGUUCAAGAACCUUGCUUGAACUUUGAAAUUUGUUUGACAGUUUUAAAAUUUGGUAAUGCUUCUACAUUUAUCAACAGUGAUACUGUGUUAUUCAGACCUAUUUAUCCUGUGACUACAUUUGCUUGCCAAUGCCCUUAUGGUUUUACAGGAAGUCAGAAAUAUUACCUGUGUGAUACAGAAGUUGAUUUGUGUUAUUCAAAUCCUUGUAAAAAUGGAGGAAAAUGCCAUAGUAAAGAAAGUGGAUAUACUUGUAUUUGUCCAUCUCGUUUUACUGGAGAAAAUUGUGAAAUAAGCUUAAGUAAUGAUAAUUGUAAACCUGGAAUUUGUCAUUCAGGUGCUACUUGUACCCCAUUAAAAAAUGGAGGAUUUUCAUGUGAUAACAAUUGUUCUCCAAUGGGUACUGAAUACUAUGAUGAAGUUUGUAAACUUCGUUCUCGCAGUUUUUCAAAAUCUUCUUUUUUAACUUUUCCUUCUUUGAAACAAAGAUAUCGUCUACAUUUAUCAUUAAAAUUUUCUUCAUUAGAAGAAUCUGGAUUAUUAUUGUACAAUGGACGUUAUAAUGAACGACAUGAUUUUAUUGCAUUAGAAUUAAUUGAAGGAGGUCGUGGUGUACAGUUUUCAUUCUCAUUAGGUUAUGAGAUCACAUAUGUUAUUGCAUAUCCAACUAAUGGAAUUGCUAAUGAUGGAUUGUGGCAUACAGUUACAGUUUCAUAUAUCAAUAGGACUGCAACCAUUAGUUUAGAUGAUUGUGAUGUUCCUUUAACUGUAAAGUAUGGUACAAAAUUGGGUUAUACUUGUGCUAAUUUAUCUACUCAACGUCUAGAAAAAAGAUGUGAAAUAUUAACUGAAAGUUGCCAUCGUUUUUUGGAUUUAACUGGUCCUCUUCAAAUAGGUGGCCUACCUUUAUUGCCAGAUUCCACUAGUUUUCAAGUUCAAAAUAAGGAUUUUAUUGGAUGCAUAGCAGAUGUAUAUAUAGAUUACAAAUUACUUGAUUUAAACAGUUAUGUAGCUGAUAAUGGAACAAUUAUUGGAUGUCCAGAACGGAAAUUAUUUUGUAUGGAUAAUCCUUGUAAAAAUAGCGGUCAUUGUACAGAUCAUUGGGGAACUUUUAAAUGCACAUGUCCAGAAUCUUGGGGAGGAAAAGAUUGUAGUCAACCUUUACGAUCAAUUUGGCGUUUUUCUGGAGAUGGUAUUGUAGCUUUUAACCCGUUGUUACGAACUAUUCAGUUUCCUUGGUAUACAUCAUUGUCAUUAAAAACUAAAAUAUCAAAUUCGCCAGUCAUGACAGUAAAUAUAGGACAAAAUACUACUGCCAGAGUAUUUUUGGAAAGUGGCUAUAUUGUAUAUAUUGUUGAUGGUCAAAAAGCAGUAUUUAGUAAUGUAAAAGUAAAUGAUGGUAAAUGGCAUAACUUAGAAAUUAUAUGGCAAAAUACAGGUGGAGUGAAAUUUAUGUUAGACUAUGGAGUUCGAUCAUUAGUUAAAACACUUAAUGCUAAAUUACAAGGACAAUUUGUUGGAAAAAUCCAAUUAGGAAACUUUAAUGAAGAAUUAACAGAUAUAGAUAAAAGUUCAGGUUUUAAUGGUUGUAUAAAAGAUGUACGAAUUGGACAUAGUGGUGGAACAACAGUUUUAGAAAUCCCUGAAAUGAUGAUACGCGUAAGAGAAGAUUGUGAACAAGAAAAUCCCUGUGAAUAUAACAAAUGUCCAGUACAUAGUGAUUGUAUACCAUCAUGGCAUAAUUAUACUUGUAAAUGUCAUUCAGGUUUUGUUGGUAAAACUUGUGAGAAUAUUUGUGAUACUAACCCAUGUGAAAAUAAUGCAAUAUGUGAAGAAAAGCCUAAAAGUGUACGUGGAUAUACAUGCCAUUGCAAGUCUUCAAGUUUUACAGGUGAAUACUGUGAAAAUGAACUUCAAGAAUCAUGUCCGAUUAGCUGGUGGGGUCAUCAUCGUGGAGUCUGUGGACCAUGUAAUUGUAGGGUAGAUAAUGGUUACAAUCCUCAUUGCAAUAAAACUACUGGUCAAUGUUAUUGUAAGGAUAAUCAUUUUACACCUUAUGAUUCUGAUAAAUGUUUAGAAUGUGGUUGUUACAAUAUUGGUUCUUUUGACCGAUCUUGUGACUCUACUUCUGGACAGUGUAAAUGUCGUCCAGGAGUAAUUGGGAGAAAAUGUGAUAAAUGUCCCAAUUCUUAUGCUGAAGUUACCUUAAAUGGUUGUGAAGUAAUUUACGAUGGUUGUCCUAAAAGUAUAUCUGAAAAAAUAUGGUGGCCAAGAGCAAAAUGGGGUGAACUUGUAAUUGAAAAUUGUCCACCUGGUUCUGUAGGAAAAGCUACUAGAUUAUGUCAAAAUACAUUAAAUGGAUGGCAAAGGCCUUAUACUUUUAACUGUGUCUCCAAUUUGUUCAUUGAACUUCAACAACUUACAAAAGAUUUAGAAUCUAAGUCGAUGAAAGUCACCACAUUUGUUGCAGUUAAUAGUGCUAUUAGUCUCCAUGAAGCACUUAAUAACACCCAUGAUCUUCAUGGUUCUGAUAUUCUUAUUGGUCAAAAAUUAGUUAGACAACUAUUGUCUCAUGAAGGAUCUUUGUCUGGGUUGAAUUUAACCCAUAGCCAAGACAAGGAUUACAUUAAGAAUUUAAUAAUGGCUUCAAGCCGUUUAUUGGAUAUACACGAAAGUGAUCAUUGGCAACAAUUAAAUAUUUUAACAUCUGAAAGUCCAUUUGGUUUGAUGAAUACGAUAAAUAAUUAUGUGACAACUCUAUUAACUACUCAACAUGAUACAUACACUGAUCCUUUUGAAAUUGUAUCUCCUAAUAUUGUUAUUGGUUUAGAUAUUGUUACUGCUGAAAGUUUGUUUGGAUUUGAGUCUGAACAAGAUAACCCUGAUUUGUCAACUUUUGCUGCUACAAAGGAAAAAAUUAACUUACCAGAUUCUUCCAUUCUUCAACCAGCUAUUCAAGUUUUAAGUAUAAAGCCAGGUUCUGAAAUAUUAGGUUUGAAAAAAAUUGGUAGUCCAGUCGUUGUUCUACCCAAAUAUAAUAAUUACUUGCUUGAAUCUUCAAAGUUUGAUAAACAUACUCAAGUUAUGGUUCCUAUUGAUUUACUGGGAAUAGAGCCAAUAAAACAAGGAAUGACUACUACUAAAGGACAACUGUCUAAAAACAAUGCAGUUGUUGGUUAUGUCCAAUACCGUACUAUUGGUGCUUUAUUACCUUUACACUAUGACGAUACUGUUUUAAAAAGGUAUUCAGUAGAUCUUCAAGUUAGUUCAUCAGUUAUGGCGUUUGUUGCUGCUUUAAAUAAUAGCUCAAAAGGAAAAUAUCGUCAUUCAAUUAGAAAAAGAGAUGUAUCUGUACCAUCUGAUAGAUCACCACUUGAAUCUCUAAUUCGUGUAAGAAUUUGGCUCAAUAAACAUCCAAUUACUAUACGAUCUAACCCACAAUGUGUACGAUGGUCUACUUCUAGAGUACCUAGUGGAGAAUGGACUCGAGCUGGCUGUCACACUGAGCUUCCUAACGAAGACAAUUGGUGGGAAAAAGAUCCUGUAUUUAUUAACUGCACUUGUAAUCAACUGUCGACGUAUGCUGUUCUUACCGAUGUUGUUGAUGAACUUUUCAUUAUUGAGUAUUCCAAUUUUGAGUUGUUUACAAUUUUUAUUUCAUUUGGAUUAGCUAUCAUUGCUUUGAUUGUUACCUGUAUAUUACUAGUUGCAGUGCGUGCUGGAACUAAUACAAGUUCAAUUUAUACUCAUCUUGCAUUUUGUCUUUUACUCACUCAAUGUGUUUACUUAGCAGCUACUCAAACUAGAGGAUCUUUAUAUACUUAUGAGAUAUGGUGUAAAUUUUGUGCUAUUAUCUUGCACUAUACCUGGUUGGCAACUAUAGGUUGGUCUUUAGUCAGCGCACUUCAUUUAUAUCGUAUGUUGACUGAACUUCGUGAUGUUAAUCAUGGCCAAAUGGGAUUUUAUCAUAGUAUUGGCUAUGUAUUACCAGCAAUUAUUGUUAGUUUGUCUGUUGGCGUUCGUAUUAACCAGUAUGGAAAUUUCUAUUUCUGUUGGUUGUCAGUUUAUGAGUCUGUUAUUUGGAGUUUAAUUGCACCAACAUGCUUGGCUAUUGCCAUAACUAUUAUUGUUUUACUGUUAUGUAUUAGAGCUGCAUUCACUCUUAAAGAUCAUGUUCUUGGCUAUGGAAAUUUGAGAAGUGUUUUAGUUGUACAAGUUAUCUGUGUACCUAUACUUGUUGGAGUAUGGUUAUUAGAAGUGGUAGUAGCUUCAGAACAUGAUACUCGACUCACAUACUCAUUAUGUGCAGCUGUUUGCAGUCAAGGUUGGCUUAUUUUAGUAGGUUUAUGUUAUUCUAAUGCUAAACUUAGAUGCGGAGUUCAUCAUUGCGCUCUAAGACUUAUUGGUAAAGAAGUGUUUGAAAAAAAUGGACCAGAUUCUGGUAUUGAUGCUGUAUCACCUCCAACAAUUAGAUCUUCAUUAUCAUACCGUAAUACUACAGGUAUUUUGGGGUCUGAUAUACCGAGAAAACCAUUGGGAAUUUCUAUGUCUAGUACAACUUCUCGUUCAACUAACAAGACCAGUAGUAGUCCUUAUAGUCCAACAUGUUUUAGGACUGAUACUCAUCUAAGGAAUAUAUCAACAACAACAAGUAACUAUGAUCAUUCUAUUUCUGAUUUGCCAUCUAGUUUCCAUAGGACUCAUCAUACAUCAGAUUCUGAUUCUGAAUGUUCAGGUGAAGGGAGAAGCUUAGAUUUAGCAUCAUCACAUAGCAGUGAUGAUGAUGAUUCUUCCCGUCAUCAAGGACUUAGGAGUAAUGUUACCUCUACUAGACCUACACCUUUCUUACCAGAUAUAAAUGAAGAUCCUGGUAUGCCACCAUCUCUAAAUGUCAUCACAAAUUCACAAUUGUUUCCUAAUUUAAAACCUUUGUAUGCUCCACGAUGGACAAAUCAACCAUAUCCUACAGUUCAAGAAGAAGAACAUAGCGAAGAACAACAUCGUUGGAUAGGAUCAACCAUUUCUGACCCUGAUAAUUCAGUAAUCAAUAAUAGAAUGUCUUUUGAACCUCCUCUAAUAAACAAUGGAGAUUUUAAUUAUCAUAAAAGUUCAACUUUUAAUUCUUUGAAUAAAACUGGAUCAGAUUGUGAUGUUGAUGAUAAAAUUAGUCUUGGAGAAAAAUAUUUAUUUCCUUACACAGCUGAAGAAGAUCAUUGCCAUUCACCGUAUCGAGACAUAUAUGGGGAAACACAUAGACAUAGUGAUUUAUACAACAUAAACAUGCCUUCAUCUAUAAUUAGCCGAGGAAGUGAAAAUGGUUCAAUACAUAGUGUUGAUAAUAGGUUUGUACCAACAAUAACAUAUAGUCAGUCUGUAUCGCCUACUCAAGCUUCCACUUCUACUCUUAAUUUGCACACUAGACAUGGUUACACUAAUGAGUAUGAAAUACAAGAAAUAUUAGAGUCUGAUGAAGAAGAUGAGGAUAGAUUCGAGUGAAACUUCAGUUUAGUAUUUGAUUUGAAGCAGUACAAAAAUGAUGUUACCUCUAUGAUUAAUUCACUAAUAAGUAAAAUAAGUAUAA